GAGGCGCGGGGCUGGCGGGUUGGGGCUGACGGAUCCGGGGCUGGGGAAGUUUGCGCUGCCGCUGGGAGCCAGGGUGCGGGCCCCGCCGGCUGUGCGCGCCCGCUGCCAUGGCUUUCCGCAGGAGGACGAAAAGUUACCCGCUUUUCAGCCAGGAGUUCGUCAUCCACAACCAUGCGGACAUCGGCUUCUGCCUGGUGCUGUGCGUCCUCAUCGGGCUUAUGUUCGAGGUCACAGCCAAGACUGCCUUCCUAUUUAUUUUACCUCAGUAUAAUGUUAGCGUGCCUACAGCAGACAGUGAGAUGGUGUACUACCACUACGGCCUGAAAGACCUGGUCACAAUCUUGUUCUACAUCUUCAUCACCAUCAUCUUGCACGCUGUGGUUCAGGAGUACAUUUUAGAUAAAAUCAGCAAACGACUUCAUCUCUCCAAGGUCAAACACAACAAGUUCAAUGAAUCCGGGCAGCUGGUCGUCUUUCAUCUCAGCUCAGUGAUAUGGUGCUUCUAUGUGGUGGUGACGGAAGGAUACUUAACGAACCCAAGAAGCCUCUGGGAAGACUAUCCACAUGUGUACCUCUCCUUCCAGGUGAAGUUUUUCUACCUAUGCCAGAUGGCCUACUGGCUACAUGCCCUUCCUGAGCUUUACUUCCAGAAGGUACGGAAGGAGGAAAUUCCUCGCCAGCUCCAGUAUAUUUGCCUGUACCUGGUCCACAUAGCCGGAGCGUACCUCUUAAACCUGAGCCGCCUGGGCCUCAUCUUGCUGCUGCUGCAGUACUCGACAGAGUUCCUCUUCUACAUGGCUCGACUCUUCUACUUUGCAGAUGAGAACAAUGAGAAGCUGUUUAAUGCCUGGGCUGCUGUAUUUGGGGUCACACGCCUCUUCAUCCUCACUCUCGCCGUGCUGGCCAUCGGCUUUGGACUGGCUCGCACAGAAAACCAGGCGUUUGAGCCUGAGAAAGGGAACUUCAACACCUUGCUUUGCAGGCUCUGCAUGCUGCUGCUGGUGUGUGCUGCCCAGGCCUGGCUUAUGUGGCGCUUCAUCCACUCCCAGCUGCGACACUGGCGGGAAUACUGGAAUGAGCAGAAUGCCAAACGGAGAGUCCCAGCUGUCCCCAGGCUCCCAGCCAGGCUCACCAAGAGGGAAUCUGGUUACCAUGAAAAUGGAGUAGUGAAAGCAGAGAAUGGAACCUCCCCACGGACUAAGAAACUCAAGUCUCCUUAAGGCCAAAGUGCUGAGAACAGGAAUCCUUAGUGGGGGCCUGGCCAGGAGGCAGAGCCCGGGCCCCGCACUGCCUCCUCCUUCCUCCUCGAAGUGCUCCAUCUCAGUCCGCAGGAACCUGUCUUCAAAGGGGGUUCUCUUUCUUCUUGGCUUUCUCUUCUUUUUCUUCCACAUACCUUUCUCAAUAAAGCCAAAAAUCUUUCUCUUUCACUCCCUCAAGCCACCUCAAGGCUUCACCUCUGUCCUGUGUUGGGUUUUCUUGAAGCCUAGAUUCUCAUGGUUCUCCUUCAGCUUACCUCUUCUUUCUCUUCAUUCAUGGCUGCUUCUUUUUCUUUUUAUUUCUUAAUUUUACCUUAACGUGCAGUUUCUCUGUCUGAUUUUUACAAUGGGAGGGAGCUACGGUUGCAGUCCUGCCUGUGAGUUGCAGGAGCUGUCAAUCUGGAAGCCUCAUGCCAAGGAGCUUUGCCUAGGGCCAGUGGCUGGCCCUGCAGUAGUCCUUGUGUGGAGGGGCAGGAAGAGGAGGGCCGCCCUACUGGAUCACAACCUCCUUGGUGCUGAUUGAUGUGGAGAUGUAUGAUUCCGGUCCCGUGAGAACCAGCUAGAGAUGUGGCAGCUGCUGCUGGUUGGGAAUGAUGCUGAGGCCUUUGGCUCUGGCUUCCAGCAACUCCAUCUAGGACAUUGUUCGUUCUGUAGGUCUCAUGACUGCAGAGAGCUCCUCAGUGCUGGGCUUGGGCUGGAAACCGUCUGCCCUCGAUGUGGGGGUACAUGCUGAAGGAGGACAUGUCUUCCCACUUGUACAGCACGAGCCAAGCGUGGUAAGCAGCCGGCACUUCUGGAAAUGUAACGGACAAGACAGGAAGGACUGCACAGUCGACUUGGGCCUUUCUCCACUGGUGCCAGCAGCCAUGUGUCUUCCACCAUUCACCAGCAUUCAAAACCAAACCAAACAGCUGUUAGCAACCUGCCCCAGAUGUGCCGGUCUAAAGUCUAGAACCAGCCAGCCCUGUCAGGGCCAACCUUGCUACUUGGACUUCAUCUUUCUAUCUGCAGAGACCCUAAGCCCCACACCAGUCCCCAGUGUCCCAGGGAGGGUCACCUGGCCACCUUCCCUUUGGCUUCACUUGUUGAGUGCUCUUUGGAGUUGUCAUUUGCUGAUGUGUGUUGAGCACACCACAGUGUAGAACUAGGACUGAUUCAGAGUCACUUUUUGGUUGGAUGAGCAGAUGGAGCCAUGUCGACAGGAAUCUUUCUGUCCCCUCCCACCAGUAUUCUUUCCUCCCUGUCUAUGUAAAGAUGGGGCUGUCAGGUCCUUAUGGUGCUUUGUGAGGACUUCCAGAGGGGAGGUAGGCUUUCAGAGAUCCUGAUUAAGAACCUUGAACUCUGUGCUGAGGCAAAGGGGAGCACAGGGUGGCACAGGAAUGUUAAUGUCACCUGGCAUACUAGCGCUCUAGCUGACAUCAUAGUAGAGACCAGACCUUGGGUUUUUACUGAAAAAGGAGGAGAUGGAUCUUUUCCUCAAGGGACCUCCCCUUUUCUGUCACCUGCAUUACAAAGUCAGACUUACCAGUAACUGAGAGAUUUGUUUCCAGACACCAUUUUAGACUGUUAUCUCUCUGCUCAGGAUAAGCACAUAGAAUUGGGAAGAAUACCCUUGGUUUCUUUUGAUUAUCUUUAGGAAGCAGGAUAGCAUUUUUGAAAGUAGGCAUCUCCUGCUUCCCUCUCUUUCCUUCAGGUUGGUAUGAACUCAGAGCUGACGGGCCCCUUAGCCACAUGCUCCCUGCCCUGCUUGGAACUGCUUGUGGAGGUGGGGUGCAGCCAGCAGCCUCUAGACCCCCCUCCUCCCCUAGGAGCCUAGCUGAGCUACUGUUGUAUGCUGGUGAUGUUCUGUGAGAAGGGGACUUCAUGGUAGUCAGCCACUGACAUCUUGGGUCUAGCAGCCCCAUUGUGCAUGUAGAUCUCCAUUGCUCUGUCCCUGGAUACUUGGGUACUAGAGAUGACAUGUCUUCAUUCUCCCUAAGUCUUCCACAAGCAUCUGGUGCUACCAGUUUAUUGUGCCUUGGGUGUGGUACCACAAACCCAGGGGCCAGGGUUGCCUUAGGGACUGUUCCCUAAAGGACAAGUAUUUGCUCAGUGACAGGAGAUGGUAAAAUCUUUCCUGUGUUAAAAGAAAAAGCCAUGAGAUCAUGAAUAAGAGUGACUGCUCACCAGCUUGGGCCUCAGAGAUGUUUGGGGCGCUUAGAGGGUAAUUAUAGGCUACUUCCUCCCUGGCACAGUAAUGUCAUAGCAAAGCCAAGUCAUUAUCAAGUUGGCACCAGCCAGGCUUUAAGUCACUCAAUUCCACUUUAUCCUGUGAGUUUGUUGGACUAGCUUGUACCAAUUUGAGCAUGUUGGCUACUUUCUUCAUUCUUGUGAAAGCCCUGUCGGACCCCUCCCGGUUUGAGAGGCCAGCGCAGCACCAUCUACCAAGGGGAGAAGAUGCCUAUCUACCUCAGCAGCCAAGGUGCCUCUCAACAUCCCUCCCUGGCCCACCUGUGGGGACACCAGCAGAUGGCAGUGGUGGGAGAGCUUGGCCUUUGGUGGAAGGAGCACUCCCUAGUGUUGAUUCCCCUCUUGGGAGUUCAGUGAUGGGAAAGUUAUUUUUAGCAUCUGGGCUAUGAUAGCUGCACUAUUAAUAAUUCUGUGUUCCUCUUAAAGGUUGGGUGGCUCUGGGGGAAAGGGGAGCAUGCAUAGCCAGGAGGGAAGCUGUCUCUCCCCCUGGUGUCAGUCCUAGCCCUGAGUGUUCCUGGGCCACCAGACAUAAAGGUUGCUGAGAAGGUUGCCUAUUCCUGUCCCAAAGCAGAACCAAGCAACUCCUAGGAAACCAAUUUAGACACCUGUGCUCUGGCCACCUUCAUGCUAUUCUCAGCUGGAAUCCUGGGACUCUUGAGAGCCCUUGGCACCAGGGACCUCUAAGGAUGUGCUUCUAGGUUUUCUUUUGGGACCUCCUUCCUCAAUCCACCUUGACCUUUUUCUAAGUGGUAAAUAAGAGGUAGGAACAGAGAGACAGUGACCUACGGAAAUUCCAUCAUUAUACUGUUUCACAGAUGCUUUUCUUAAAAGAGGCUUGUUGGCCCCCUGUGGCUGGGGAAGGCCUUCGGGUUUAUUUUCUGUGCUUCAGCUUUCCCAGUUGGUUUUGCUGAGGUGGGAGAAGGCCUGGGAGUCUGGACUUAGCUAACUUCCCUUCUCUGCCUAGGAGCCUCCAUGUCCCAAGGUAGACAGACCUCAGAACUUAGCCUCCUGUUCUUGCUAGAGAGUGGAAAACGAGCUGGGUGGUCUUUUGCCCUAGCUGCCUCCCAAGUAUACAGCCCUUUUCCUUGUGAGAGGCCUUUGGGGCUACUGGACAAUGAGGUCAUUGUUGGAUCACUUAAGUACCAAUAGGACCCCUCUCCAGCCAGUGGUUGGCCCUGCUAGGAAGCCUUUGUAGCCUUUCACCCUUCACCCUGCUUCCUGCAUGAGGAUUACUUCCAUGUUCCAGCUCCUGUACCUUCCACCCCACACUGUACAGAGGUCACCCAUCCUCACAGCCAUGGGGCAGUGGGACCCAGAGGCUGUCAUCAUUUCAUGCUCGGGGCUUCUGUCCUGGUCCUGACAAAUCAUUCCUUUUGUAUCAAAAGUGCCUUACAUUGCUGUGUGCCUUCAUCUGUACUGUGUGGCCAGCUGCCAGCUGUGGGGGCCAUAGAGCUGUUGGGUGCACGCAGCCACAGACACCGUACCUCAGCAGAGGUAAUGCAGGAAAGGGACAUAGUGACUGACAGUGUCACCUCAUCUGUCCCCUCCCCCCAGAGCAGUAGCCUCUGGUGUGAUCCCUGCAUUGUUUCUGGUUUUUCCCUUGGAACCGCCCCACCAUCCCAACCUGGCCAGGUGGCCAAGAAGCCUGUUAGGUAGCUCAAAGUAGGGCCCUGUGCCUUGUACUUUUUACUGAAGCUCAGAGGCUUCAGCACACCUGGCCCCCUGUGCCUCUGGCCCUGCAUGGUCCCUCCAUCCCAGGGUAGAAACAAAGGUGGCCUUGCUAUAUCCUCCUCCCACCCAUAUCACUUCCUAAACAGCCCAAAGUUCCUACGAGGAGGAUGUUUACUGGUACUCCCUAGUCCAGGGGCUGCAUGUAGAUAACCUGUUUGACGGUGGGUCUGGACUGCAGCUGCAAACCUGCUGACUCCCGAGUUAGGUAGACUUGUGUAGCAGCAGCCCUUUCCUGCCCCUUGCCUGCCUGUUCCCAUUCCUCCGGGUUGUGCAAUAACUGUACCCGCCAGUGGUCUUUCCACAGGCAUGUCUGUCCCUUAUAACACCCUGCAGUAGGGGGAAAGGGGACCCAUGGGAGGGGCCAUUAUUCCUUACAGAAGAUGUGUCAACCGCUUUUCCUUUGUUGCUGUCAUUCUCAUGAUCCUGGGAGGGUUUCUGUGGCACUAUUGUAGAACAUGUACUAUUAGAAGUCCUUACAUUAAAAAAAUAUGUUUUGAAAGGAAAAAACCAUCCUCAGGAUGGGACCUAAGUCAGUGUCUGGGACUAACAUCUGUUUUGAUGCCACUGGCAUCACCACCACUCUGCUUAAGAACAUUCCACGGUUUCUUGCUCCUGUGAAGAUGGGAGAUGUCUUUUGAGAAUUGGCCAUGGGUGGCAGGCCCUGUCCACUUGCUAGGAUCUGGCUGUGGUGGUACCACCAUCUGCUGGGUACAGAUUCCAGUGUUUGAUGAGACUAUAAACCUCACUUUUCAGUUCCUCUGUUUAAUAAACGCCUGAAGGAUGAGCUGAGGCUGCUGGUACCCAGAGCAACUCAUAAUGCAAACGUGGGCACAUUGUUUUUCUACUUUAGCCUCUUCAUGUUAUGGACCAAAUUGCAACAAGGAACUCAAGGAACAUUUGUACCUGCCGUAUUUAUGCCUUCGUGUAAAAGGGUUGGGGGGAGGGGCAUCUUUUUACUUUUGGUGAACUUUUUUCAAAAUCCUUUUUCCACUGUUUCUGUCUGGUUUUACAGCAAAUUACAGUUUUGUAUGGGUUUUUUAAAUGUACAUUUUUAAACAAAUCAAAUAUUUUCUGAAAUAACAAUAAAAGGCAUAGAAUCAUCA